AUGCCCAAAAAUCGAAACAAACUGCUCAAACCAGAUCCUGAAGCAGACACUGAGUCCUCAUCUCAAGAGACAUUAUCUAAGGAUGUUGGUCAGAAGUCAGAAAAAAUACAUGAACAAUCUCAAGACACGCUUAACCACUCCCAAGAAGACAUGAUGAGUAUGUUCGCAAGUGUUUGGGUCAAAGUCGAAGUGGAGGAGACUAGUAUGGAGGAUGAGCAAGAUGAGGAGACUGUGUCACCUAGAGAGUCACCUGUUCCUAGUGAUGCGACCACUCCAGAAGUAUUACCGGAAAAAAGAAAGCGAAAUCCGCCUCCAUCAACCUUAUACUGUGAACUAUGCAAUUAUUCUACAAAAUACAAGAACUGUCUAAAAGCUCAUAUAAUGGGCCAUGCUAUGAUAAAACCUUAUCCCUGCCCGUACUGUGACUACGGCACAAAAUUCAGACCCUCAUUACAGAGACACAUUCUAAUAAAACAUGCGGAAAAAAUGAAUGAGCACAAUAUAAAACCAGAAACUUUCAAAUGUGAAUACUGUGACUACACAACAAACUUCAAAUGGAAUUUGAAAGGCCACGUACGAAAGCACAAACCAGAAAAGCAAUACAAAUGCACAUACUGUGACUACGAGUCUGCAUACCGGCAUAACUUUUUGAAACAUAGCAAAACGCACACUCGUAAACAAAUUGAAAAGUUUAAGUGUGAUAAAUGCCCAUUUGAAACUAAAUUUGAAGGGCACAUUCAAAGACAUUUGGCUAAAAUACACCACGAAGUCAUGGAAGCAGCACACAAUUGUGACUUAUGCGAUUUCUCGACGCGUUUUAAAUGGAGAUUGAACAUCCACAGGCAGCGAAGCAAGCAUGAUAAUGUUAUCAAGUGCAGUUAUUGUCCUUUUGAAUCUUACUUUAUGUGUCAGUUUAAAAAACACAGAGAAUUACAUUAUUUGCAAAUAUAUGGAGGAAGCAAAAAGAAGUAUAAAGUACAGAAUGUAGAGAAGUCAACAGUCGAAAAUACAUUGCAAAACCAAAUUGAAGAGAGUAUUGAACAUUUUGACGCCAUGCAAAGUAUAGUUGAAAAUAAAAAUGAGGAAUAUCAUUGCGAUGAUGAAAAACAAAGUGAAGAAAUGGAUAAGUUUGAAGAAUUUACUGAUAAAUUUAAAUGUGAUAAAUGCAAUUUUGAAACUAAAUUCGAAGGACAUAUCGCCCGGCAUCUGUCUAGGACACACAAUGUACUUUUGAACCAAGAGUUUCGAUGUGAUUUCUGCGAUUAUUCUACAAAAUUGAAAUGUAGACUAAAUAUUCAUUUACAGAAAAGUUUGCAGGAGCUGACAAUCAAGUGUCCGCACUGCGUAUUCGAGACUUACUAUUCGUGUCAAAUAAAAAAACACGCCUCUGUACAUUUUAACGAAAUUUUUGGCACACGACAACUCAUACAAUUUUCAAACAACACAGAAACAUCUCCAUAUGAACCCCAUCAAAAUACAACAAAUAUUCAUGAAAUGACUUCUGGACCUCAACAAAGCGAACUUCUAACUCAAGAAAGUACAGUCCACGCCAUCAAUGGUAAAAAAAAUAACAAAUACAAAUUGGAUGCCAACUCCAUAGACUGGCAUUCUAUUCAAGUUUUGGAAUCGGACAAUAAGGAUAAACCUUUUCAGUGCCACAUGUGCGAUUACACAUCAAAAUUCAAAGCUUCCGUUCAAAGACAUUUCCAACGUUUACACACGGGCUCACAGAACCGACCAUACAAAUGUGUAAACUGUGAUUUCUCCACUAAAACAAAAGAUCAAAUCGCUUUACACAAUAAACGCAGUCAAUCGGACACAAUUCUCACAUGCAAAAUCUGUCCGUUCACAACAACUUACAAAUGCCAACACGUUACUCAUCAGAGAAGUCAUUAUAUAAACAAAUGUAAUUUAUGUAGUUAUUCGUGUAGGCAUAAGUACGAAUUAAUAAAGCAUUUCUCAUCAUUUCACUUAGGUAACAGUAUCAAAUGCCAAUAUUGCGACUACAGGGCAGCCCGGAAAGAAAGUAUACUAUGUCAUGAAACAAUACACACUGGACAGAAGCCAUACAAAUGUGACAUUUGCGAAUACCAAACUGUGAGACGUUGCUUACUUGAUUUACAUAAGAAACGACAUCACUACGUACAAACAGAUGUCACCGUUGUCAGUCGAGACAAACUUAACACCCUGAAAGUUAUUGAAGAUUUCAAAGACGUGGAAAAUAUGAUGAAUAGUGAUGAUUAUGCCUGUAAAUAAUGAACUUUAAGCCAAAUUGCAAAUUGAUGUUACGUAAACGUGUAGUUUAAAGUAUGUACAAGGUUUAUGUACUUGUAAAUUAUGGCCUUCCGGAAAGGUCUUUUUUUAGUAACCAAAAGAGGUUACUAGGAAAGGCGUGUAAGCUUGUGCAAAAUUAAACCAUAUAUAUCAUAGGAUUUACGAUAUGUUUCCAGUAACCGAUAGCGAGAUUAUCACCGCUACAUUGUAAAUUCUAUCCUAUAUUGAAUGCAUUUAGUGCUUAAUUUUAUAUUAUGGCAAUGAUUUCUUAUCCUUGUUUUUGAUUUUUAGUUUCUAAGAUACGUGUUAUGUUAUACCUUUUCCGUGAGUUUAUAAGAAGGCGCUGAUCAUCCGAUAAAAUAUUUAUACGGCAAAUUGUGCAGGCUCUACCGGUCAUAACAACGGUUCUGCUUGUCAGUUUUCUAUCGGAUGCAUUUUGGAGAGUGUGCGCAGGAACUGCGCAACAUAGUUCCACCUUCACCACUGCUUUUGGUCGACUAGAAAGUACGGUACACUCCAUUCUUAUGUCGAUGAUUGAUCGAUGAUGACCGAUUCGAAAGAAAGACAGAGCCGAUAAUCGAUGAGGGAAGCUAGUUCUUGAGUGGAGACCACGGCUCGGCAAGCGUAGUGCCUACACUACGCUUGCCGAGUCACUCCAUGACGAUCAGCGAAAGGCUUCUGGCAGCAGAAGGAUGCGACAAACUGAGGAUCGGGCGAAAUGGCACACAUUGGGAAAGGCUUAUGUGCAGCAGUCGAUUGCAAUAGGCUGGGGAUAAUGAAACUCAUAUCAUUUGUUACAUCGUGGCUUAACAUGAUGUGGCCAAACGUGUCUAUCCAAUUCCGCGCUUCAUUUAUAUGGCGAACUGCUGAGUUGCCGUAACUUGAGCCUAUUCAAAGCGAGAGUGAAUAGGCAUUAUUUAGUGUGCAUGCUGAGCCUUUUCAAGGCGAGAGCGAAUAGGCAUUAUUUAGUGUGCAUGCUCCAUCGUUGACAUUAUCGACACUUUCUGACGGAGCCCCUAACGGUCACAAAAAGAACCAAAAUUUGCCGCGUAAAUUAUUAUUAGUAGAGCAAAUACAAACGGCUUUAUAAACUCAUGGCAGAUGUAACGAAAGUAAUUUUGUCCUUUUUCAACUACUACAGUGUGAAAGAGGUGACAAUAUAUUUUAGUUAAACCAAGUAGAGAACCUCAUAGAGAAUCGACGGCAUUAAAUAUUUUAUAUCUCAUUAGCGUGACCUAGAUUCUCUAAGACGAAUUAAAUAGGCAUUAAUGUCAUACGGGCAUGCCAUUAACGUGUAAGCUAGUUACCUCAUUAUCUUCCUAAUACGGGCAUACAGGUGUGCCAUAAGAUUGUGUAUUUUGGCCUUAAAAAGUUGUAACUCUUUAAUUCAAAAGAGAAAGCAAGAUUUUUAGAAAAAUCUGACAAUCGACUAAUUAAGAGUGAGUAUUGUGGUCUUUAUAAGAUACGUAGAAUCACUGUCCCCGUGCAAGCGGUAAAUACUUCCCUGUCAGCAGUUUGCAUAUGGAUGGGCAAGCCGGGUUGUUAGUCUUGUUUAAAUCGGGUUGAAACUCAUUAAUGCCCAAAAUCAAGGGCAAAAAAAUAUCUACAACUAAAUAUUUGUUGUAAAUAGAGUUUCGUUCAAAUUAUAAUAAUAACGUACACACUCAACAUAACCCCGCACUAGGGUAACCCUGUGUCGCGGGUGCCAUGGACA